AUGUCUUGUUCAGUAAUACAUAUAUUUCGUAACUUCAUAUCCACUCCUCCAAACACCCAAACAUGUAUAGAGUCCUCAGUUCAGCCAACUAAAAAAGCCACAAGUUUGGAAUCCUUGCCUGAUGAAAUUUUAGCUCGAAUUAUAGAUCACUUGAAUCAACUUGACUUGUUAGACUUAUGCUUAGUAAACUCAAGAAUUUACAAACUAUGCAUGAAUAAACUAUUUAGGGUAGCUUUUAUUAAACCCUUGAAUCACCGCACCUUCAUUGUUCAUCGAAAAUUGAAUUCACUUAAAUAUUCUCAAUUCACAAUUGUAAAUCCUGUAAAGUGUCCCCGCAAGAAGAAAUUUCAAAGAUUAGUGUAUUAUCCAGGGCCCAAUAAGCCCAAUAAAAAAUAUUUUUAUCUGAUGAAAUAUGGCUCUCAUGCUACAGUUUAUGAUAUUUUGCACCUCAAGAAUGUCGAGAAAAUGAUCAAUCAAAUAUCAAGUCGAAAACUAAUUGUACAUCUAUCAAAUAGAUCAAAUGGAUUAAUUCAAGAUUAUUACAUUAAAAUAAAAAUGUUGGCUAGUACUUUUGGUUUAUUUAAGAGAAUACAUUUGUCAGUAAGAGAUAAUCUGGUUGAAACAAUUAAAAAACUCGAAGGGAUAUUUGUUGGAGUCAAUUGCUUGUCGAUAACUAUGUUCUCCAGACCCAGAUAUAUCGAUAAUAGUGAAUUAACUUUGUCCCUAGUCCGAUGUGAAAAUAUUACAGAAUUUGAAAUUGAAACCGUUGUCCCUAGCCACGAGGAUUCUUUCUUCUACAGAAUGAUAAAACAUAUGCCAAACAUAAAGAUACUUAUUAUACGAAUCCGGAUAAAACCUACAUCUCUCCAUAAAACUAUAGAAUUAUUAUCCAACUAUCGCAUUCAAAAGUUUUGCUUAGAUGUCCUACAAUCGCUGGCACAUAAAAAUGUUCGUCAAAACUGUGAUAUCAUCAAGGCUUUGCUUAAAAGUUGUGGUUCCACUCUUGAACUUGUUAGGGUCAACUUAUAUGAGAAUUACACACGUGUAAGAUUAUCAACAAUCGACUUAUUUUUCAGUGAUGAGCCUGAUAUAUGCGAAGAGCUUAAGGAAGAAGUUAGGAGCUUAGUGAGUUGGGUCAAAGAUACUAUUACUAAUUAUCCAAGAUUAGAAUAUUUCAUAUUCUACAAUUACCAAUUUGUAAUAGACAGGAAAGUAGAACCAUGUAGGUGGAUUGAAAUACAUAACAAAGAGUUGUGA